AUGUCAGCGGUAAAGCGACGCGAAAACACAUUUCGUAUCGAUUAUACGAAUGUGCCGAAGAAGCCGACCUCCGAGGAGGUACACCAGUUCGUGGGUGCGACGCUGGGUCUGAAGCGCGGCGAGGUACUGCGGAUUCAAUAUAGCCGCAACCUCGGGAUCGCGUUUGUCAAGACCGCUUGCCUAGAAGUGGCACAGAAAAUCGUCGCCGAGAACGACGACAAGCAUGAAGUGACAGUGGACGGCAAGGCGUACAAGCUUCAGCUGAAGAUGGAAGAUGGGGCAGUGGAAGUGAGGCUCUUCAACCUCUCGGAGGACGUGUCGAACGCUAAAAUCACGAAGUUUCUAGCAGCGUAUGGUGAAGUACUCUCCAUUCGAGAGGAAGUAUGGGACGAGAAGCACCUCUUCGCUGGACUACCGACCGGGGUUCGUGUUGCAAGAAUGGUCGUAAAGAGGAAUAUCGCCUCGUAUGUUACGAUCGAUUCCGAAACGACCCAUCUGGCGUACUAUGGCCAGCAACAAACAUGCAAAUACUGUAGCGAGUUUGCACACAACGGCGUCUCGUGUGUGCAAAACAAAAAACUACUAGUGCAAAAGCUGGCGUCAAGCACUGCAUCGUACGCAGACGUUGCCAAAACCCAGCAAUCCACCCGUACAAAGCCUCUCGCAGCCAAACAAUUGCCCGCUUUGAAAGCCGUCGUCGUAUCAAAACCAUCCGGUCAGUCACCACGCGAAACACAAACCUCCGUCGUACCGUCGUCAAGCGGUACAAUGCCCCCGCCGGCAAGUGUCAACGACACCUCGGCAGCAACGAACGAGCAGCAAGACGACCACGAAAACGAUACAUGGACCAGGGUGACUCGUAGCAAAAUGGGACUGCAAAAGAAAACGGACGGCAACGAAACUGAUUCGUCCACGUCCAGCAGACCCAUCCUCUUCACCAGCUAUAAUAUCGCUACGGUAAACGUGAAUACCAUCACGAACGCUACAAAAAUCGAACCCCUGCGAACGUUUAUCCGAACGCUCGACCUAGACAUCGUGUUCUUGCAGGAGGUUGAAAACGAGCAGUUCUCGCUGCCAGGUUUCAACGUCAUCGCAAACGUUGAUCACGCGAGGAGAGGAACCGCUAUCGCCAUUAGAGAUCACAUCCAAUACACGCAUGUGGAAAAAAGCCUAGAUGGCCGUCUCGUUGCUGUGAGAGUCCAAGACACCACGCUCUGCUGUGUUUAUACCCCAUCUGGCUCGGCCUACCGAUCCCAACGAGAGAAUUUCUUCAAUACUACGUUAGCUUUCUAUCUGCGCCACCACACUGAGCAUGUAAUUCUUGCGGGAGAUUUCAACUGCGUGCUGCGUCAAAGCGAUGCAACAGGACACAACAUGAGUCCAUCUCUCCAAGCCGCUGUACACCACCUGGGGCUGAGCGAUGUGUGGGUCAAACUUCGGUCAAGAGAUGCUGGCCACACGUACAUCACCGGCAACUCAUCGUCCCGACUAGAUCGUAUCUAUGUGUCGGGCGCCUUGUGUGCACAACUACGAAACAUCCACACACAUGCGUGCUCCUUUACCAAUCACAUGGCUGUGACGUCGCGAAUUUGUUUACCUGACCUCGGUCGGCCCCCUGGACGAGGGUUUUGGUCGCUACGCCCUCAUUUGCUUACUGCAGAAGCGAUAACCGAUCUGCAAACGCGAUGGCAGUUCUGGACUCGUCAGAAGCGAAACUACAGACGUUGGAUGGACUGGUGGCUAGAGUACGGCAAGCCAAAGAUUGUUAGCUUUUUCCGCUGGCAAUCAAAACAAGCAUACGACGAGUUUCAGUAUGCACAACAAGCUCUCCAUGAUCGGUUGCGACGAGCCUACGACGGCUACUACCGUAAUCCAGCAAUGUUACCGACAGGGGAUGGAAUCACAAAAGAAAUUCGUCAGCAGGAUAAAAUACGCCAGAGGUUUUCACUCAAAUGGGUUGAUUCUCCACAACUUCUGUGCUUCGAGAAAUACCAAAGCGACCCACAUUUUGCGUUUUGCAAAAUAUGCUUGGAGAAACUCAGCAUCGCUCGUGGCGGUAAGUCAAACCUUAUUACCCAUCUUACCACUAAAAGACACCGUGAGGCAUCUGAGAUAUGCCACAGGCCAAUAGCACAGGAGGCUAAAAUUGAACAAUUUCCCGCAUUGGAAAAAGUCCACGAAGCUGAGCUUAAACUUUGUGCGUGGGCAGUAGAGCAUAAUGUCCCCUUUGCAGCCGUUGACAAGCUGGCUGAUGUUUUGCGAGGGUUGACUAUUGAGCCUAAAUUACUCGAAAAACUAACUCUGGGUAGAACCAAAACUGUAUCGGUGAUUGAGUCGGUGAUUGCCUCAACGCAGCAUGACGAGCUUGUUAACCGCAUGAGGGUGGAUAGUUUUUCGAUAAUUAUCGACGAAUCGACCGAUCAAAGCAACAAAAAAACUCUUGCCGUUGUGGUCAGAAUGAUGGACACAGAAAACUUUUGUGCAAAGGACACAUACUAUACUUCAAUAGAAGUGGAAUGUGCGGACCACAUUACACUUUACACAGCCAUUGUGGACAAAUUCAAAAGCGACCAAAUUGAUUACAAACAACGACUUCGCGGAUUCGCCUCUGAUGGAGCAUCAGUAAUGAUGGGGAGGAAUAAUUCCGUCAUGAAAUUAUUUCAAAGGGAUUGUCCAGACUUGAUCGCAGUGAAAUGCACUUGCCAUUCACUGGCCUUAUGUGCCAGCUAUGCCUGUGAAAAAAUUCCGUCUUAUCUGGAGCAACUUAUGAGGGACAUUUACAACUAUAUUUCGUGCAGCCCGAAAAGGUCCACCGAGUUCGAGAGGAUUCAAGAAAUAGUCGAACUGAAACCGUUGAAGAUCCUUCAUCCAGCGGCUACCAGAUGGCUGUCACUGGAGGCUGUUGUAAAGCGCAAUUUGGAAAGAUUGGAGGAGUUGAAACUGUUCUUCUCUUUCCAGUUGAAGUAUGACCAUAAUCAGAGUGCAAAUCGUAUUUUGGGUCACCUCAAUGAUCCCAUGACAAAACCAUUGAUGCUUUUCCUUAACUAUGUAUUGCCCCUGAUAAAUAACGUUAAUCGUACUUUUCAGUCAGAGAGCUCACAAUUUUUCGAAAUCUACAAUGAGACGAAAACGUUGUUGCUGAUUAUGUUGGGUAACCUAUGCGAAGAAACCUAUGUGAAGCGUAUUGUUAGUACUGAUUCUGAUGUGAAAGAUUUUGAGCAGUUUCUAAAGAACCCACAAAGCAUUUAUGUUGGUAUUGACGCUGAAGAAAAGGCAAAUGAAUUGGACGAGGAUAGAAAGUUGAAAUUCAAAUCAAUUUGUCGUGACUUUUACAUCGAGUUAGUGAAACAGAUUAUGAAACGUUUUGAUUUUAACGAUCCGGUUAUCAAAACCGCAGCUUUGAUCAACCCGCACACUUUUAUAGAACUGCCAAAUUUGAAUGAGUUAAUGCGACAGUUUCCCAGCUUCCUCGGAACCAUCAGUAGACAGGAUUUGGAUAAUGAGUUUAGGCUGUUGAAAACAAAUGUUCUAUGUGAGAACCUAGUCGAUUCUGAUGUCACUUGGCCUAUGUUACUAGAUGUCAAAAAGCGUAACGGUUUGUUUUUAUACCCAAGUCUACGAUCAUUCGUGCGGAAUUUUUUGAUAAUACCCCAUUCUUCGGCAUGUGUCGAAAGAAUUUUCUCUGUUUACAACGCUAACAAAACAAAGACCAGAAACCGGUUGGUUCCUCAGACGAUGGAUUCAAUCUUGAAAGCGAAGGAAUAUGUAGCCGAUCAGGGAGGUUCAACAAAGAUAAAACUAACAAGCACUCUGAAAGGCAAAUUCAAUAAAACUAUGUAUAAGCAUCAUGCAGUCGAGAAAAAACCAGAUUGA